AUGGGACAAUCACUCCAGAGUCAAUUAGUGAGCAGUUGCCAAUCGGAUCAAGUCGAAUUGUGCAAAAGUAUUCUCAAUCAAGAUUUAAAUCUAUUCAAUUAUGAAGAUGAUAAGAAUAUAUUAUUGAUGUGUGCCAAGUAUGAAUCGGUUGGAAUUAUCAAAAUGUUAUUUUCCGAUUUUAAAACACAAGUGAUGGCAAUUAUCGAUAAGACUGAUUGGCCUUCGAAUUAUACGGCUUUGCAUUGGGCUUGUUAUAAUCAAAAUUUGGAGAUUGUGAAAAUUCUGGUGGAGAAUGGAGCCAACACAACACUUGAAAAUGCGGAUGGUCAUAAAGCAAUUGAUUUGUGUGAGAAAAAUUCAUCAGUUUAUUCAUAUUUAGCAAGUGAUAGAGCUUCAUUGUUUGAUUGGAUGAAAAAGACUCUUCAACCAAACAAGUACAAUCAUUCGAAUUAUAAACCAUCGGGAAAUGAGGACUAUGUCACAACAGAUACUGAUGAUGGUUUUGUGGAAAUUGAAAAGGUGGAGGUUAUUGAAACGGAGAAAACUCAACGAGAGGAAUCAAAGCCACUCACAAGCAAAUUACAAAUUUUGGAAAAUAUUACAAAGAGCUUUGCCAAAACUUUUAAAAUUGAAUCGACACUUUCACAUGACAUUACAUCGAGUGUUAGAUUUUCCAAAGUUAAUGACAUGGAAUUAAUGGAUCCUAUUGCCUCGGGAAGUGAAGGAAAGGUAUUCUAUGGAAGGUGGAAAAAGCAAUCAGUUGCCAUCAAGGUCAUUGAAGUGCCCUACCUCACUGAGGGGCUUGUGGAAAAUUUAAAUUUAAUUCUCAACAUUUCACACAAGUAUUGUGUCUCUCACCAUUCAUUUUCCUAUGAUGAGGAAAAUUGUAAAUUGUACAUAAUUAUGGAACUUAUGAAUACCAACCUGUUCAAGUAUAUUUUCAGACAAAGGAAAGAAUUGACUCUAAAAGAAAAGGUUCAUGCAUUACAUAGUAUUUCUAUUGGAAUGUUCUAUUUGCACGAUAUGAAUCCUCCUGUUUUAAAUUUGGAUUUGAAAUUGGAAAAUAUCUUGAUUAAUAUUGGAAAUGAUGGAAGACCUUCAGAUAUCAAAAUUUGCGACUUUGGAUUGUCAAUGUUUAAGAGCAAGGCAGAAUUCAUUAAAUUGACAGAUCCAGUGGGUACUUUGAGAGCCAUUGCCCCAGAAAUUCUUCAUAAUUUCACAUGUUCUGAAAAAUCAGAUGUCUACUCAUUUGGAAUUUUAAUGUAUGAAUUAUUAUUCGGAAGAGUUGCUUAUUAUGACUAUUUGGAAAAUGCAAAUGAAAAUGAUGGAGAUGACUUGUUGUUGAAUAUUGUCAAUAAUCACAAACGACCAACUAUUCCAUCUGACUAUACAAUGCCAACUCUCAAUCAAGAACGAACAAGUGUGGAAACCUUAAUAGAUAUGAUGCAGAAAUGUUGGGUGGAAGAUCCAAAACAACGACCAACCUUUGACCAAAUUACUACAGAAUUGGAAAAGAUUGUUUUGCCGUGCAAAUAA